AUGAAGGCUCCUCAGCUUCGAAUCCCGUCCCUGAGCUCAAUUGCUCCGCGGAUAUCCACAGUCAACACCUGCCAACUACGAUGGGCCUCUAAACGAGCAACGCCGGCAAUUCCCCAGCCUGUCCCUCUCGUUCCCGAUGUCCCGACGCUCCUGAAGGUCCUUGGCCGCGGCCUCAGCCAAUACGCCGAGAAGUUUCCCACGUGGAACUCCCUCUUCACCUCCGACUCGAUGCAGAUGAAGGAAUUGGGCAUCGAGCCGCCACGCACACGCCGCUACCUUCUCGCCUGGCUCGAGCGCUACAGGCAGGGCGCCCUCGGCCCCGGCGGAGACUUCAAGCACGUUGAGAAUGGCGAGGCGUACCUCCAGGUUGCGACCACCGAAGCACAAGACGACAAGUGGGUCAUCAACGUUCCGGCGGGCCAGAAGGCGGACGGCACCGUACAAGGCCCAGACGAGCGCGUUCGAGGGUACCAGGUGCGCGGCGCCAGUGCGAUCACGGGCCCCUAUGCGCUACCCCUGAAGGCCGGUGACGGCGCAAAGGUGCAGGUCGUCGAGGGCAUGUGGGAGCAUAGACAGGGUAUCAAGGUAGAUGGCGGUGAGAGGAGGAGGACCGAGGUCCGUUACAAGAAGCGCAUCGCCCAGCGCAAGGCGGAGAUCGAGGCCAGCCGAAGGGGUUGA